AUGAGUUCAUCAUCACACAGCGUCCUUGGAGGAGCUCCUGUGCUGAGAAAGAGCUGUCACUUCUGUCGAAGCAGAAAGAUUAGAUGCUCCGGCCAGAGUAUCUGUGAAGCUUGCCAGGAGCGAAACAUCGACUGUGUCUACGACCUCGAGGCAGCAAAAGGUCGACCAAAACGAAAACAUACCGAGUCAAGGGACCCAAAGCUGGGCUUGGGCUCUGACCGCAAUGCAGGCAAAGGAGGACAAGGCUCCCACGACGGGAUCGGGAAAACCCCCAGAGACUGGGAUCCCAGCCUCCAGGGGCCUCUGAUGGGCGAUGACUUGAAUGCAAUGUUCCAUGAAUGCUUUAUCAGCAAGGUUGGUAUGCGUGCAACUAUCUUCCAGGGCGCCAUUGCGGCUGGCCAUGAGCGCCUCAAGCAGACUGAGGGCGGUUCUUCGUCUUCUGAGGUACCACAGAGGAUAAGUUAUGACGGUCUGAUGAAUUCUAUGACCCGAGAAAUUGUCGAAAUGAUAUCUCUUCGAUUUGGAGAUCUAAACUGUGAGGUGGAAGAUAAAUUCCCUCGACGAUACUGCAUCACUAGCCUCGCUCGGGAUACGACUCAGGAGAUGUUUGACAACACAAUUCCGAGGAAAAACCCACUCAAGUCGUACUCCUCGCAUCGUAUCCUUCAGCUUAUCGACCUGUGGUUCUCUGUCCAUCCAUUGUCUUCGCUGAUCUCGAAGACCCUCCUGCUCAGCUCUCUCAAGAACAGCACCUACGACGAGGCGCUUCUCGCUACCAUCCUCUCUGACGCCUGUCUCGUCCACGAAAAUGGCCAAAACUACGAUACUGAGGGACAACUGCUGUUCGAAUUUGCAACGUAUCAAAUCCAGAACCGAAGUGUCUUGAAUCGAGAUAUCGCUUCGUCUCAAGCGUUGAUACUCAUGGCCUGGAGAGAGAUCUGCAUGGGCAAUGCUCGUCGAGGCUCAUGCUUGACCGCAUAUGCUUGCCGAAUUGUCUCGGAACUGCAUAGGGGCCUCAACCAAGGCGUCUCCGCAAACGGAACCAAGCUUAAUGGCAUUGACGUUCGGUAUGUGGAUGGGGAACUGAUCCGGAAUAUCUACUGGGUGUGCUGGUCCACUACAGUAUGGUCCUUGAUGCAGAUCGACCAGCCAUACAACCUUCUUCUACCUGAACAAACCCCUUCACAAUUCCCCUUUGUUGAUGAAUCGACGUCAAUGACAAUCAGCCUAGACCUGGCUUCGGACAAUGUUUCUACCCUAAGGGCACAAUCGAGGGCCCUUCAAGAGCUAUGGCCCCUCAGCCAGGUAGCCAGCACAGCUGCUCACAUAUACGCCCUCUGCCCAAACCCAGACUUAAAGGAUACUCUAGAAACAGUGGAGUGGCAAGCAAGGCACAUUCAUCAACUUCGUCGCCUUCUCAGCUUCCAGCUAGAACUUCCCACUCUCUGUGGGAAAAUCCGACACAUCUUACUCGAAGCCAUUCGACAGGUUGAGCUUGAGAUUACACCUGGAUCUACCCAAGCUGUGGUUCUCAUUGCAUAUCAUACAAUGAUCGUACACAUGUUAUUCCCGCAACGACAGACCUCAGACAGCGUGAUUAUUAUGACGCCAGAGCGCAUUAAUGAGUUUUGCCAAUCUGCCAAUGCACUGGUCGCUAUCUCGCACUCUGUCAUUUCACCACAAACCACCUCCCUCCUCCCUGGCCCGGGUCUCAAAACUAAGAGCGUUUCCGACGUCUUUGCCCUCGGCCUUGAUGCAUGCAGCCGAGCACUUGCGUACAUUCACAGUCGUGCAAACUGCGGGCGUGAUGAAUACCAGGCAAUCAUGGCCAAGAACAGACAACUUCUUUACCUUGCACAGCAACUACAUGAUAUUAGCCGAGGAGAACUAUCUCGGGCAUCAGCAACCAUGCGUACAAUUAAGAAACGGCUAAAGUUUGCAAAGGUCGUCUUCUCAUCUAUUAAUGAGUCUACACCUCCUCUGACACAUAGUGAUCUCUCUCCUAUUGCACAAUUCCGUUCGAGGAUCCAGAACCUUUCUCAGAGCAGCAGUACAAGCGUUUCAGGUGGUCUGUCCCAGCCAGGAUCCCCUAUCCCCGAUGACCCAUCGUACCUCUCCUCGAUUCCCAACCAACUAUCUCUCGACAUGUUUCUCGGGUCAGAUACCUCUCCGGUAUCAAGUCAGGAUGGAUUUGACACACUUCAUAUGCACACUGCUGGUUCUUCAAUUACACCAUUAGACCACAGUGGAAUGACAUCGCCUUUCACCCCAUCCGGUAUGUCACCGCUACAGCCACCCAGAAAGAUACGGCGGACUGUUAGUCCACCGUCUUUCGACAGUCAUGGGAAAGCUAACAUGUUUGAGCUUUCAGAGCCGAUCAUGUCAUCCAAACCAGAGCAUAUCCCACGAAGUUGUGGGUCACCCUCUCUCAACAACAGCUCUAUUUUCCGUAAUGGAGGAGGAAUUGGAUUAAUGGGCUUUGACAUGACACCAAAUGACGGCGGCAAAAAGCUCCUUGGGGAUCCGGUUAAUUUUGCCCAGCCGUUGUUCAUGUCUUCUGAAAACGACCCAGACUUUGGGGCCGGACCUCUUCUCUUUGGGAGCCCACUUGAUACCAAUGGCCAUGGAGAUUUUAAUGGCAUGCCUGAUUUAACCGGCAUGGAGGGGGAAAAUGGUUACAUGCCCUUAGACCUGGGCUACCUUGGUUAG